AUGUCGCUCCGGCACUCUGUCGGCCGUCUCUCCCAGAGAGCCGGCGCAUCGUGCACGGCUGCUUCGGCCUCGCACCUAACCAAGGUCGCAGCACUGCAGACCCGAAGCUUCGCGACGCCCGUGCCGCCCGUCACCCAGAAUGCCGCUGGCUCCAAGGGCCCGACGGCCAUGGUCUUCCUGAACAUGGGCGGACCCUCCACUACUGACGAAGUGGGAGACUUCCUCAGCCGCCUGUUUGCCGAUGGCGACCUGAUACCCCUUGGCCGAUUGCAAAACUACCUAGGCCCAUUCAUCUCGCAACGAAGAACCCCCAAGAUUCAGAAGCAGUAUGCCGCCAUCGGAGGCGGGUCUCCCAUCCGGAAAUGGUCAGAACUACAGAACGAAGAGAUGUGCAAGAUCCUCGACGAGAUCUCCCCGGAGACCGCCCCUCACAAGCCCUAUGUCGCCUUCCGUUAUGCCAACCCCCUGACGGAGGAGAUGUACAACCGACUUCUGGCCGAUGGCUUCGGCAACGGUAAAGGAGGAAGGGCCGUCGCAUUCACACAAUACCCCCAGUACUCGUGCUCCACCACGGGAAGCAGUCUGAAUGAGCUGUGGAAGUGGCGCCAAAGAUUAGAAGGCAAAGCCGGCCCAGGCGCGAUACAGUGGAGCGUCAUUGAUAGAUGGCCGGUACAUCCGGGCCUUGUCGAGGCCUUCGCGACCAACAUCGAGCAGAAGCUUCUCGAGUACCCCGAGGAACGACGCAGCAAGGCCGUCCUGCUGUUCUCCGCCCACAGCUUACCCAUGGAUGUCGUGAAUAGAGGUGACCCUUACCCAGCCGAAGUUGCGGCGACCGUAUACGCUGUCAUGCAACGCCUCGGCUUCUCCAAUCCCUACAGAUUAUGCUGGCAAUCCCAGGUCGGCCCCAAGGCUUGGCUCGGGCCUCAGACCUCGACAUCCGUAGAGGACUACAUUGCCAAGGGUCAGAAGGACCUCGUCCUCAUCCCCAUUGCAUUCACGUCAGACCACAUCGAGACUCUCUAUGAGCUUGACAGGGAAGUCAUUGGAGAAUCCGGCCAUGCCGACACGGUCAAGCGUGUCGAGAGUUUGAACGGCAACCCCAUUUUCAUCAAGGGACUCGCAAACCUGGCCAAGUCACAUUUGCAGAGUGGUGUUGCGUGCUCCUACCAAAUGGGAUUGAGAUGCCCGGGAUGCAAGAGUGAGAGAUGCGCCGAGUCGAAGAAGUUCUUUGCCAGCCCAGAGAACGCAUUUGCUGUAUAG